GGCGGUUCCCUGAGGCGGGGGCGGGGCGAAGCAGGCCUAGCUCAAGGAAAGUCCCUCCAAGCGCUUGGAAGAAAGCCCAGUCUGCGCAGAGGGGCGGGUUUUGGAGGCGCUAGGCGGGUCGGUCUUGGCCGACCCGCGGGUCAUCUGGAGCUUGUCCUAGUUAGGUGCUGGCCUGCCGCACUCCGGCAGCUCUGGCUGAGUCUGCGCGAUGGGCGACCCGGAAAGGCCGGAAGCGGGCAUGCCCGAGCAAGAUGAGAGGUUAUCUUCAGAUACCAACGAAAAGGAAGUGAAAGCUAAUGAAGAGCCACUCCUAAGAAAGAGUUCUCGCCGAUUUGUCAUUUUUCCAAUCCAGUACCCUGAUAUUUGGAAAAUGUAUAAACAGGCACAGGCAUCCUUCUGGACAGCAGAAGAGGUUGACUUAUCAAAGGAUCUCCCUCACUGGAACAAGCUUAAAUCAGAUGAGAAGUAUUUUAUCUCUCACAUCUUAGCCUUUUUUGCAGCCAGUGAUGGAAUUGUAAAUGAAAAUUUGGUGGAGCGCUUUAGUCAGGAGGUGCAGGUUCCAGAGGCUCGCUGUUUCUAUGGUUUUCAAAUUCUCAUCGAGAAUGUUCACUCAGAGAUGUACAGUUUGCUAAUAGAUACUUACAUCAGAGAUCCCAAGAAAAGGGAAUUUUUAUUUAAUGCAAUUGAAACAAUGCCAUAUGUUAAGAAAAAAGCAGAUUGGGCUCUGCGAUGGAUAGCAGAUAGAAAGUCUACUUUUGGGGAAAGAGUGGUGGCCUUUGCUGCUGUGGAAGGAAUUUUCUUCUCAGGAUCUUUUGCUGCUAUAUUCUGGCUAAAGAAGAGAGGUCUCAUGCCUGGGCUCACAUUUUCCAAUGAACUGAUCAGCAGAGAUGAAGGACUUCACUGUGACUUUGCUUGCCUAAUGUUUCAGUACUUAGUAAAUAAGCCUUCAGAAGAAAGAGUGAGGGAGAUCAUUGUUAAUGCUGUCAAAAUUGAGCAGGAGUUUUUAACAGAAGCCUUGCCAGUUGGCCUCAUUGGGAUGAACUGUGUUUUGAUGAAACAGUAUAUUGAGUUUGUAGCUGACAGAUUACUUGUGGAACUGGGAUUCUCAAAGAUUUUUCAGGCAGAAAAUCCCUUUGAUUUUAUGGAAAACAUUUCUUUAGAAGGGAAAACAAAUUUCUUUGAGAAACGAGUUUCAGAGUAUCAGCGUUUUGCCGUUAUGGCAGAAACCACAGAUAACGUCUUCACUUUGGAUGCAGAUUUUUAAAACCUUCUCCUAUUUAAAGACCCUGUAGCCUUCAUUGCAUGAAGAAUCAUGGCCUGGAAGGACUUAAAAAGACAGUUUGACCCAGUGCUUUCAGACAGGGCUGGAUUUUGGUGUCCAAUUAUAUACAAUAAUUAACAAUUACUUAUACAAUAAAAGUGUACCUCAACCAUGUUUUAUUAAAUAAAAAUUUUAUAGUCAUUUUAUUUUGGAAUAUCCAGAUUAUUCUGCUUCUUUUGCCAUUUUUUCAUUUGUAUAUGGAAAAAGUGAUUACUGAAAAAAAGAUUGUUGUAUGUAUAUUUUAAAAAAUAAGUUAUUUAAUUUUCAGAAUUUUGCAUAUUGCAUUUAAGUAUGAUAACAUCACUGUCAUAGAAUUUCCAGAUUUCCUUUGUACAGCUUAAGCUAAGAGCUAAAUGUCAUGAAUGCUGAUGGGCUGCAUGAAAGCCAAAUCAGACCUAUAUUCAAGUAUUAAGAUUUCAAACCAGGUUGAGUGAAUGGGUGGCCAACUCAGCAGAUUCUGAAUGAGUAGCACAGAAAUGAAAUCCUUUUUUCAUCAUUUCCCUUUAAGUGGUCUGCUCAUUUGUAAACUGCUGUAGGUUUGAAGAAUAUUCUUAGGACCUUAGGAGAGAGGAUUUAAUCAUUGAAUUCUGUAAAAGAAAAUAUAUAUAAAAGUGGAAGAUCAGAGAAUGAUUCUUUUGUACAGUUAAGUAAAUUCACAGUAUUCUUAAUUUAUGAACUUAACUAUUUUACAACUAUAUGUAUAUUUUUUAAAAUAGAUCAUUCAGCAAAAUUAUUUAGCAUCUACUCUCUAUAUAGAAAUCUUUAUAAGAUGGGCUAUAACAAUUUGUUUUUUGGUAAAAUAUAUUAUGGUCACUUAAACCAACCCCACAUGUACAGAAUUCGUAUUUUUUUCAAAGAAAGUUGUUGUUAAUUUUUGGUUUAGAAUGUUAAAAUAAACUAUCAUUGCUACAUUA